UUUCACGUUGAUGCAGCAGGGACGCAUACCAAGGAGCCUCCUGCAGGCGGAAUGGAACCGCCCAUGAAGGAGGAUCACUGCCCACGCUGCCGCUACGGGCCCUUCGCUGGUAUAAAGAAGACCAGUCCAUCGUAUCCUCAAGCCUUCCGUUGUUCAUUGUCGGUCCUCGACGUGUAUGCCUCUUCGAGCUCCCUUUUCAUCGCUACAGAUCUCGACCAAAAGAAAAGAGAGAAGAAAAGAAAAGAAACUCAGCUACAACGCAGGCAUGCCGGGAAUCAAGUUCAACACUCCCUUGCCUCUCUUCGCGCUCGCGGCGGCAGCGUCAUUCUACUGUACAAGGAAGCUGGAUGAAGAGGUCUGGCCGACGACGCCAAUCCUGACUGCAUACGUAUCCCUUGCCUACUGGGUUAUCUGGCGAGGAUGGCUGUAUCCUAUCUACUUCUCCAGUCUGCGACAUGUCCCGACUGUUCCGGGGUUCCCCCUCUGGGGUCAGUUCAUCCCCAUCAUCUUCGAGGAGUGCGGGAUCCCGCAGCGCCGCUGGCACCGACAACAUGGCCCCAUUAUCCGCUAUUUCUUCCCCUUUGGCUGCGAGAGGCUCUCUAUCGCCAACGACACGUCCAUCCGGCACCUGACGGUCAAGAACCCGUACAACUUCCCGAAGCCGGUGCGCGCCAAGCUGUGGAUGGUGCGCAUCCUGGGCGAGGGUGUUCUCCUGGCCGAAGGUGCGGACCACGUGUACCAGCGCAAGACGCUCACCCCAGGGUUCUCUAUCUCGGCCAUCCGCACAUUCACCCCCGUCUUCUGGGAGAAGGCGCUGUUAAUGGCCGACCUCCAGCGGCGCCAGCUAGACGUGACCGGCAAGUCGUCUGCUCCGUUGGAGGUUCUCGAGUGGCUUAACCGGUGCACCCUCGACAUCAUCGGCAUGGCCGGGUUCGGAUACGACAUCGACUCGCUCAGAGAGGCCGCGCUACCGCUUCGCCACGCGUACCGGCUGGUCUUCAACUUUGACCUGGCCUCGCGCAUCCUGCACGGCGCCCAGGCCUUCUUCCCCAGCACGAAGCACAUACCGGCCCAGAUGAAUCGCGACAUGGAGACGGCCCGCGGCAUCAUCAUGGACGAGGCCACCAGGAUCAUCAAGGACAAGCUCGAGGAGGCCGAGAGGGUCCCGACGGCCAAGGACAUCCUGGCCCUCAUCGCGCAGGAGAACCUGAAGCUCAAGGCCAAGGGCGAGGCCGGCCUGUCGUUCGAGACGAUGCGCGACCAGAUCAUGACGUUCCUCGGGGCGGGCCACGACACCACGGCCACGGGCGUCACCUGGACGAUCCACCUGCUCUCCAUCCACCCGCAAGUCCAGACGCGCCUGCGCGACGAGAUCCGGGAGCACAUGCCCUUCCUCUUCGACCCGGACUGGACGUACGACAGGUCCAUGACGCUGACGGACCCGGACCGGCUGCCGUACCUCGACAACGUCUGCCGCGAGUCGCUCCGCUACAUCCCGCCGAUUCCCAUGACGGUGCGCCAGUCCGUGGCCGACGACGUCAUCGACGGGUACAAGGUGCCCGCCGGCACGGUCGUGUACAUGCUCGCCAACGCCAUCAACCGCAUGGAGUGGUUCUGGGGCGACGACGCCGACACCUUCGACCCGGACCGCUGGGACAAGCUGCCCGAGACGGCGGUGCCCAACGCCUUCAUGACCUUCUUGCAAGGGCCCCGCGGCUGCCUCGGGCGCAAGUUUGCCGAGGUAGAGAUGAAGGUCCUGCUCUGCGUCCUGCUGAGCCGCUGGGAGUUUAGCCGCGACUACACCGCCGAAGACCCGGAGGACUGGAAGAUGUGGCGCCUCGUGCUGCGGCCCAGGAACGGCCUCGCCGUCGUGGCCAAGCCUGUCAUCAUGCCUACCGAGACGCCGCCCGACUCGCCAGCUCUUCCCCCGGACGAGCCGCCUACCGAUCCGACGUGCCGGUACCGGUCGCCUGACAACGACGACGACAACGACAACGACAACCACCUUAUGAACGAGGAAUUCUUCGACCAGCCCUCCUACGUCGUUGCCCCGACACCUUGCAAUACCCCUGCUGAGCAAUCACCUACCAGCACCCCCGAGGAGUCGCCCAUCAACACCCCUCCCGAGACGCCUGCGGAAACUCCGCCGGCAUCGCCCGCCGACGCCCCCCCGGAAACAACCCACGUCGACAACAACCGCGCUCCCGAGACGCACGUACAGCCGCCCGUCGAGAGGCCGGAAGGUGGGGAGCUACGAAGGGAAAGAGGCGCUCGGCCGGGAGCCCGCAGAGCGCCUUUCCCGGUCCGUGCCUUCAGGCUUCUGGCCAUCCUGCCCCGUCUCAUGGCGCCUGGAAACAGGAUUCUGGUGUGGCUCAGGCAUAGACGUCUUCAGCUCUGACAGCAGCUCCAUGUGUUUGUUUCUUUCUGAUUUUUGGUUGGGUUGUUUAUUGCUUUGCUGGCUGUUGGGGAGGAGCUAAUAUUAGUACAGCACAUGCAUUCUACUGGAUGUUCUAAAUUCUGGUGGGGGUUGAUAUAGAUAAUAAAAAGACCGGCGUUGGCGUUCGGUUUAUCUCGAAGCUUACUGCUGUACUUUGUACUCUCUACACUUUCCCCUUCGCGUAACCCAAUAAGCCCUGGUUCAGGCGUCUUCACAGUGCUUCAAAGAAAGAAUCAUGAACCGAAUUUUUACCUUUGGUUAUCUU